AUGUUGGAAAUCUAUCUGCCUGCUAUUCUUCUCGAAAUUCCCCGGAAUAUUGUCACUGCCAUCGGCCUGCCUCUGUGUUUGGGUAUUCUGAGCGGUUCAGGGACAGCAAAGGUCGUGAAAAGUAAUUGGUACAAGGCGAGUACUUCAUACGUCUUUGCGAAAGCUAGUCUCAUCAUUUCAAAGGAUUUGCAUGGACCACCGGGCAGGCCGCCUCGUCAAGUCUUCCCUAUCGUAUGGCCGUUGUUGUACUUGUCUAUGGGAUACGUCUCGCACCUUGCUGUCAACGCUCUCGACGCCACAUCGAGUCCUUCGACGCGAUCUGAUGUCAAGCUUGGGAUCGCUCUCUACUACGCCCAGUUGGCUAUGAACUUCAUCUGGAGCCCACUUUUCUUCAACGGAAAGAAGCUUGGCCUAGCACUCAUCGACAGCGUUGUCCUGGCAGGCACUACUUUCUACAUGACGAAACUUCUUGACGGACCUACCAAAUCCCAGUCGACCUACCUUCUUCUACCCUACUGCGCCUGGUUGACGUUUGCGACUUAUUUGAAUGGUGGGAUUUGGUGGUUGAACCGAGGACGAACGCCGGAGAAGGAUUAA